CCUGUAAGUGAAAACUGGCCAAUGAUAGGCCAAAAUCACUCGGCAUAUGGGCCAUGUAUUUCCAGGUUGAUCCGUAAAAGCGGUACAUGUACGUAUUGUACAUCAUAUCGGUGCGGUAGCUUGCCUUGCAACAGCCACAAGUAAAGAACUCGUUUCAACAUUUGUUCAACAAUCUCAAAUUUAAUAACUCAGUUGGGCUGCGCAUCGGGGACAAUAUCGUAGUCCCAGUUCUAGGGCGCUCGAAGGCUAGUAGGGCUCAAUGCAUCGGAUCUGUUAGCAGUGGCGCCUCGUUCGCUGCUUUUCUCUCGAGCCUGGAUUAUCAGGGUUAUUUAGCAUACCUAGGCGUCCUCAGCCUUUGAGAUCACCGAAAUCACCAUCGAACCAUGUCUCUCUCAGACUCCUUCACCAUGCCCGACGUUCCCGACUCCGACCAAGACGAACUCGAUUCUCUCCCUUCCACCUCUACCGAGAGUUUCACCUCCGACGACGAUUACAAUGCGCAGAGGGAAUGGGAGCAGAGCAUAGAGCAGCUUCAGUUGCUGCUGACUAUGAUCUUGGUGCCGUUUGCUGGUAAAUAUCUCGGUCGCAAAUUUGCCUACUGGAGUUGGGCGAGAUAUAUGGAAUGGAUGCACAACGUUGAGAUCAGGUGGACGAAUAAGGCGACAUUUAAAGCUUCAGGCGCGGUCGAAGCAGCGGCGACGCUCUAACGACCGGAUUUCUCCCCUAUUUGAAUUCGCGAGGGGUGGACUUUUGCGGACAUGGUCCGGGAGACACCCUAUUUGUGUAUAUAAGGGUAUUCGCUGUGGAUGGAGGAUCGUCGCCCCAAAAAGACCACAGCGAAAUCGCAAUAUCGCAUUAACGUCUGCAUCUUCAGCUGCUCGCAUCCACCUCGUGAAUGCUUUUCCUGUUCAUGUGAGGUCUCUGCCGAGUAGAUCCGACCCAAGAUUUGCAGAGAAUAAGCUUAUUAGAGUUCGAGGGGACCCUUUAAUUAUCUUAUUCCUGCAUCCUACUCAGGGGAGCUUCUAUCGCGCCACGAUAACAGCCCACGAGGAUCCGUUUGUCCAA